AUGGAGACACAGGUCAGAGAGGAGCUCUGCUUUCCACAACUCUUCAACACAUCCUGCAGGAAACUGACACCUCCUUGGUUUGAAGUGUUGCUCAUUCACAUUUUGCUUUCCUCCAUCUCUCUGCUCACUGUAGCUCUCAACCUGCUUGUCAUCAUCUCAGUCUCCCACUUCAGGCAGCUCCACACACCCACCAACAUCCUCCUCCUCUCUCUGGCUGUCUCAGACUUUCUCGUGGGACUCCUGCUGAUACCCGGAGCAAUCCUGCAAAAGACAUCCUGCUGGUUUCUUGGCGAUUUUUUGUGUUCUCUGUAUUCUUAUCUAGAGCUUAUCAUUAUUUCUUCUUCAGUAGGUGACAUGGUACUCAUAUCAGUUGACCGUUAUGUGGCUAUUUGUGACCCUCUGCAUUACACCUCCAGAAUCACCAUGAAUAGAGUUAAAUUCUGUGUUCAUCUGUGUUGGCUCUGUUGUGUUUCCUACAGCCUUCUCUUUACAAAGGGUUUCCCGACUCAACCAGACAGGUAUAUUCCGUGUUACGGAGAAUGUGUGUUGGUGGUUGGCUAUAUUGCAGGGAUUGUGGACCUUGUUUUGACCUUUAUUGUUCCAGUUACUGUCAUCGUAGUUCUGUAUCUGAGAAUAUUUGCCGUGGCUGUGUCUCAGGCUCGUGCCAUGCGCUCUCACAUUACGGCUGUCACACUCCAGCUUUCAGUGACUCCAAAGGCAAAGAAAUCAGAGCUGAAAGCAGCCAGGACUCUUGGUGUUCUUGUAGUUGUGUUUCUAAUUUGUUUCAGCCCAUAUUACUGCAUUUCUCUUGCAGCUGACAACUUGCUCACAGCCUCAUAUGCAUCCUUUAUGGUCCCAAUGUUUUAUUUUUUAAACUCUUGUCUAAACCCUGUGAUCUAUGCCUUUUUUUACCCCUGGUUUAGAAAAGCAGUUAAACUCAUUGUUACUCUUCAGAUACUACAGCCUGGCUCCUCUGAGGCCAACAUACUGUAG